AUGGUUCUCAAAGCAGUUAUUCUCGCCGGUCUUUUGGUCGUGAGUGGCGAUGCAUCUGUCUUGCCUCGAGCAAACUACUGGCACGGAUUCUCGAAAAUUGAGAGUGUUUUCUCCUUUGGUGACUCCUGGACCAGGACUGGGUUUGAAACUUCUGGUACUCAGCCUUCAAAGAACAAUCGACUGGGUAAUCCGUCCUACCCAGGCAAGACCAGUUCCAAUGGACCUAACUGGAUCGACUACCUGACAACUACCUACAACAAAUCCCCCUUCCUGACCUACAACUUGGCCUACAGUGGAGCUGUUGUUGAUACAGACAUCAUUCGAAACAAUAACAACGACUUAGUCCGACAGGUUCAAGAGAAGUUUCUUCCCAACUACAAACGCGACAAGAAAUUCGCUGCGUCCACUUCUCUCUUUGCAAUCUUUAUGGGAAUCAACGAUGUCAUGAAGGGAGACUUAUACAACAAGCCAGAUACUCUUGACAAGAUCUUCAAGACCUACAGUGGAGAGAUUGCUGCACUUUACAAGGCUGGUGCCAGAAACUUCCUCCUGUUGACCCUGCCACCUCUUGAGCGCGCCCCAAGAGUGACCAAGAAGUCUGACAGCGCAACAAGAAUUCCUCGAAUCGCAAAGGCAGUAUCUGAAUGGAACAAGCGUGUCAGAUCUUUACAGUCAAGCAUCCAGAAGAAUUAUUCCAAGUCGACUGUUUUCGUCUAUGACACCUAUCCUCUAAUGAUGAAUGUUAUGAAUAAACCCUCUUCUUACAGCGAGACCAAGAUCUACAGAGAUAGUAACGGCUAUUGCUCUGCCUACACCAAGGGAACUGAGAAGCCUGACUCGAAGUCAAGCUCGUGCAAGUACGCUGCUAACCAGUACUUGUGGCUGAAUGACCUGCACCCUACUGAUCCCUUCCACAAGCUAUUGGCAAAGGACAUUAGCAGCUUCUUGCAGAAGCAGAAUGACAUACUCAAGCGAACGCAAUGGACCAACAAAACACUUGCCACCAUCGUUGCUGCGAUUGGUGUUUCUGCUUUUUAUGCGACUAACUGGACAAUUGGCGCCCUCAUCAUGCUCGGACCGCCAACCGGUGUGGCAGUACUGUGGGAUCUGGUCGAAGUAUUAUACCUCAUUAUAUAUACUAACAGUGAUGGCAUCCAUCCCAAUGCCUGCAUUAUCAUCGACAUCAUUUUAUUUAUUGCCGUGGCCGCUAUGUCCAGCGUCAUCGCCUUUACAGCUGCGACACUCAGCGACUCGGGAUGGUACUUUGCCUUCUUCCAGAACGAACAAGGCGUGGAGUAUCUCCGCGUUGCUACAGGCUUUGGGUUCAUGACAGCGUACGUGAAGUGA